GCAACCAUCUGGUGAACCUUUACUAUAACAAAAUAAACAUCAAUCCGAAAGAUGGCUGAAGAAAUAGUAUCAGGUCCAAGUGUGAGUGCUGUAACAGAAACUUGUACUCUCAACUCUUCUCAUGAAGAGAGUAUGGAACCAGCUAAGAAAAAACUACGCACAGAAAACCAGACCAAGAGUAAGGAAGGGCGACUGGAACAGAGACUCGGCGGGAUUUUGUGUUGCGCCGUAUGUUUGGAUCUUCCUCGUUCAGCCAUAUAUCAGUGUACAAAUGGUCAUCUGAUGUGUGCAGGCUGCUUUACUCACCUGCUGGCAGAUGCUCGCCUACGAGAUGAGACGGCCUCUUGUCCAAACUGUCGUACAGUCAUCAGCAAGGACUCAUGUUCUAGAAACCUUGCAGUAGAGAAAGCAGUCAGUGAACUACCAGCUGAGUGCCAGUUUUGCUCAAGAGAACUUCCUAGAUCCCAGUUGGAACACCAUGUAGCUGAAUUAUGUGAAGAAAGACUUACAUUGUGCUGCUACAGCAGGAUCGGAUGUAAAUGGCGAGGACCAUAUCAUGAACUUCAAAACCAUGAAGAACUUUGUCUCCAUCCCCAUAAGACAGGCAAGGAGGUCAUGGAAGCCCUUGCUGUAAUAGAUGAAAAAAACUUGCAAGAGAAGGAGCUGUACAACUGUGUGUUUGAGUUACUUUCAUAUGAAAAAAUUGCUUUCAAUGACCUCCAGUUCAAGCCAUACCGCACUGAUGAAUUUAUCCACAAGCUCUACUAUGAGACAUCUCGUUUUACAGCUUUUGGUCAUCAGUGGGUAGUGAAGGCGCUAGUGAAUGACAACCAACGAGAUCCCACACUGUCAUGUGAACGAAGCUUAACCUACACCUUGGUUUUGAAGAGCAAAAUACCAAACCCUUUAAAAAUCCAUUACACAAUCCUGAAAGGACCUUUUGGGGACAUGAAGAUAAACCCUUGUUUGUACCAACAUGAGUUCAGUGAUGCAAAUGCUGAAAGUCCAUAUCGAUCCCUUUCAUUAUCAGAUUCAGCAGAGUGUAACAAGCUUUUGGCUGCAAAGGCCAUCAACUUCCGGCUAAUUAUGUUCCAUGUUUCCAAGUGAAAGUGAGCAGUGAGAGCAGUUUUCCAUUAUAUCCAAUUAGAUAUCCCAUUUAAGGGCUUUUCCUACUGGUCUGGAUGUUUGAUUAAAAAAUUUAAAUUAGUUUGGUUCUUGGAUUUCAUUGGAAAACCUAAUAUUUGUUUGUUACCAAAGGAUUAGAAGAGAAAAUUGUUUUCUCAUUCAAAAAAUAGAAACAAUUACACUUUUCUGAUUCUAAACUUAUCUUCUUUAAUAUAUAAAAAAAAAGGAAACCACUUGUUUUUUAUUUUAUUAACCUAUUUUUAUAAAAAAUGCUAGUGAAUAACUAUCUUAAAUAUAUUCAACUUAGUAACCACAUGUACUGAUGCUGAAUAGAUAACUGAUUACUAGCUUACUCUUGUUUGUUGUGAACAGAUUAACAGUUUAGUUUAUUUUUCUCUCAUUAUGCUUACUUGAUAUUUGAUUGUAAUUUGGAGCUUCAUUGUAAAACUUUAGGUCCAGGACAUAAUUGACAUUUGUUAAUAUCUGUAAGAUUAUCUUUAACUCUUGAGAUCUUAUACUGAUUUUUUUUAGAAAAGUCAAAAUUCUGGCAUUAAAUGUCAAAGUUAUUCUAAAGAUAUAAAUGUGUAGUUUACCUAAAGUUACACUUUAAUACAAAAACUUUAUAUAUGUGUAAUCCAAGUUCAAAAGUUAAACUUCCAUAAUAAUGAAGCUUUUUGAAUAGUACUGUAUGUGUGUAGGCAUUUUUUUUUCCACCUUAAAACAAGGGUGGCUAAUUUUGUUGAGGUAUAAUAAUAUUUGGUAAAUAAGUGCACAGAUGUAGGAAAAGCCCUGAAUAUAGUUAUUCAACUUUUAGCUGUAUAUGUGUCAAGAUCCUGUAUAUAUAUAAUACAGAUUUUUAUCAUGAAUUUGAAUUUGUAGUGCAAUGAAUAUUUACAAUCUUUGAUGUAAUUUUUAAAUUCUUGGUCAUGUUUAGUAUAAGUAGCUAGCUGGAAUAUCUGAUACUGAUUAUAUAAAAAGAGUAAGUGUCAUUGGUUUUGGAUUAUGAUUGAGAAGCUGGUGAUGGGCCACAUUAUUGUUGACAUAAAAAAAAUGGUUAUUAGAUAUCUUGAAAAGUAGCUCAAUUCUAAAAUAAUUUUCAUGUAACUUAUCAAACACAUGUAUUUUGCUACUGUAAUAUUAUAGGAAAAGGAUUUGUUAAAAGGAUGAUGAGAAGAAUAAAGAAGCAAGUAAACGCAUAAUUAUUAUAAUGUAUAAAUACACAAAUCUAAAUUAGCUUUAUUGUACUUAUCCAAAAAGAAACAUUAAGUUUUGCAUUCUUAGAUUGUUGUGUAAUUUUACACAUUGUACAGAAAGUGAAGAAGGUUUAUAUAUCCUAUAUAGGAAGAAAAAAAAUCCAAGUUUAUUUUUGUGAGAAAAAAAAGCAUAAACUAAACUACAAGCUAUGGACUUUGUUUUAGUUGUCAUAAUUCCCUCUUCAUUUAUCAAAGUUUGAGUGUUAGUCCAUUGUUAUCUGUUCAUCUUGUGUAUAAUCCUAUUUAAAAAAAUAUCAGACACUAGUUUGUUUUAUUAAAGUUAAAUUUGUAUGGAGUUUUAUAAAAUGUCACACUAAAGACCCUCAGGAACUACUUUUUCCUAAAUCAGCAUUGUUUUAAUACAUGCUUCUGCAACCCAGUUCAGUGCUAUGCAUAGAAACAUUAUUCACAUAUAUGUAUAUAUAUCUGAAAUACCAAUUGUUUUGCAUUUUCCAUACUUAAUAAUAAUCACAACCAACAGACUUUGCAUUGUAUCUUUACCAUGAAAGAUAUCUUUUAAUGCCAAAGUUAAUUUUAAAGGAGAGAUAAUAUUUAACCAUAAAAAUAAAAACAGCACUGUACUGGUGAUUGUGGUUGCAUUACUACAUCAAAAAAAUUCAAAAUUCCUUACUGAAAUAUGUUUCUUCUUAAGAUUAUGAUUUUCUAAGUAUGGUAAAAUUGAGAUAAGAUUGUUUUUCAAAAAUUAAAUGGUAAAAUUAACAACUUUUUAAAUUCAUUUUUAUUCUCUGACAACACUAUAUAACUAACUGCCUGUUUGUUUAAAUAUCAGGAUUUAUAAUUAAAAAUAUAAAAUUUUUAAAAAACAUUCUUUGGUAGAUGCUUGUUUUAAGAUGUAAUGUGUUUAUUACAUCCAAUUCUAAUAACCAUGGAAAUAUUUAGGUCUGUUUACCUUAAGAGGAAAUACAGGGUUUGAAUCAUUAUAUACAUUAAAGAAUAUAAGUAAAUGGUAUUAAUAGCAAGUAUAAAAGCUUUUAUUUAAGUACCAGAGUGAUACCGGAAAAACAAAACAAACAAGUUAGUGUCUGUGAUGUUUGGCUUUUGUGGCCAAUCAUGUGAUUGUAUUUAUAUACAUAAUGAAUUUUGUGUGUGAUUUUAUCAUAAUUAUAUAUAAUUUUUUAAGUCAUGAUUGUUCAUGUUUAUACCUGCAGCUAUUUAAGAAGCAUUGUUACAUUUUGAAAUUACAUUAUGAACACACUGAACAUAAAUACUGGGCCUUUUUUUUACCAUUUCCGAAACGUUAAUAAAACUAAAAACUUGCUGCAAAAGUUGUAACACACAUGAAAAGGCUUUGUUAAUUACUUCACUUAGUCUAUUGAAUAUGGGUUAAGUACGUUUUACCAGAAAAAAAAUAAAAAACAGAAAUCUUUGCUUGUAUUAUAGUUCAUAUAAGCUACCUUCCUAACCCAGUGUAUUCCAUUAUUUCACAAACUUAAUUAUUUACAAAUAUGCUAAUGUGUGGUGAGCAUUUUAACAUCAAAUUAAUUUAAAUAGUUGUGUCAAAGGUAGAAUAUAUUUUUUGUAUUAAAGAAGGAAUCGUUUUUAACUCAUGAAAACUUGUUCUAGGGAUGAAAUACAUUUAAAAAUGUAGCAAAGAGAUAAAUAAGUGUAUGCCAGUCCCAAUUAAUAUGAAAGGUUAGGUCAAAUAUUUCAAUGCAACUUUUCAUAUUCAGCAAGGAACUUGCAUUUGUUAAAUCAAACAAUCAAGGUGGAUCAUUAAUCCUUAUUUAAUGGUGUCAGUGUGUAAUUCUGUAUGUGAAUAGUAUUUUAGUUUUAUUUAUUGCUACUUCUACUUAUUUUCCCACUCCAUUAUAAAUUAUAUAGUUAGAACCUCAUGCUGGAACAUAUGUAUGGUGUGUGUCAAGGAGUAUCAGGGUCUGAAUGACUAUUACCUUUGUGUAUAAACACCACUUUGAUAUGUUUGAAGUGUUUCUCAAACAAGUCUGUUUCUCAGCUUCUAAAUUUUAUCACCGACACUCCUUGUAUGUGAUCAUUUGACCAACUUGUGUAUUUAAUGUAUUGCUAUGUUUCAUAUUCAACUGUAUUUUAGAAAAGAAUUAUGAAAAAGUUAGUUUUAGUCAUUGAAAACUAAUAUAAAAUUUUGUUAUAAAGCUACAUUAUGUUUCAAACUUCCUUGAUUACUUUGAGUUUUAUAUGAUCUAUGAGGAAAGUACUGUUCUGUGAUAGCAGUUUAGAAAGGAUUAUUUAAGAUCAACACAUUUCAUGAAUUGGUUUUUGAGAGGAAUGUUAUGCUCCAUUGAAAUAUUAAAAUAUAAUGAAAGAACAUUUACUCCUUUGAUAAACUAGCAUACACAAAGUUGUUUGUAAAUAUCUUUAACAUGAUCAGUAUCUGUUAUGUAAAAUUUUUGUUUUCAGUAAAGUAAUAUUGCUAAUGUC